UUUCUAAACAGUACCCACAUUACAUAUUUAAAAUUUAUUUAAUAAAAUGUUUUAAUAUUAAACAUAAUUCAGUAGUUUUUUCACAAAAUGUGCUAAAAUUUGAAAAUCCAUACAAUAUAAGCACUACCAAUAACAACAACAAUAAUAGUGUUGACAAUAUUUUACAAUGUUGUUAAAUAUUUAAAUGGCGCCUAGAGAUUCAGAUUUGUCUAAUAAAUUUAUUGUGACUAAGAAGAUUUUCAUUUCAGUGCUUCCAGACUCGAACGCUCUGAUCCCUGAAAAAUUCCAAACUAUCGCCGAAUCCGACCUUCCUUCCAAUAUUUUCCUCCUAGACACUCCCGAAGAUGAUAAUUCCUGGUUCAAACACAUCAAGGUAUGUAGGAGUACUGAAUUGCUUGAGGAGGCUUGUUCUUUAUACCCAAAGUACUGGAAGGUGUAUUACCGUCACGCCUUGUAUUACAUAUACAAGAACGACACGCACAGGGCAAGUCAGGUUUUCACCGAGGCGCUUAAAGUCCUAAACGACUACGAUUUACACCUAAAGUUCCUGCUGUUUCUUUACCACACAGCCUCAAUUCAUGAGUAUAUACACUCACUCAUCAACGCCAUUGAAAUGUCUGGGUUGGAUUAUAGAUCGGAUAUAAUAUGGCGUGAGUGGGCGUUGAUACUGGUGAAGAUAUAUAACUGCAAUUUGCUAUCACUGAAUAUGACGUCUGGCCUAUUGCCAGACUUGUUCUCGAUGGACCCUAACGUGUUGAAAACUCCGCUGAUCCCAAGUGACACUGAACAAAUCGCUUUCAGGUCACCUGCUAAUUUUGACAAGGAUAAAAGAACUUAUCUCACACUUUACGGCGAAGUUAACGCACUAAGGAAUCUUUUCCACAAGUGGUUGAGAACGCCGACGAAUAACAUGAGAUCGCUUUGGGACGCGUAUUCGAUAUUUGAGAACACAAUCGACUCUAGUGGCACUUUAUCCACUAAACUCCUCGGAGAUAAUAAAAAUAUCAUCAACCUCUCAAUGAGAGCCUACGAAAGAAUAACUGAGUUAUAUUCGAAGGUGUAUCCGAUAAAGGCUGCGUCGUAUGAGGGAACGGUGUCAUCAAAUUCCGGUGUGCAGGUGGCUAUAGACAACUGGAUGGACAUAAUAAAAUACGAAGAAACAAAUCCUCUGGAAACUGAUAGACAAAGUCUUAUAGAACGGGUCAUUUUCAACUUUGAAAGGGCACUCUGCCCACUCGUCUUCUCCAGAGAAAUGUGGUACAAAUACUUCCAGUUCCUACUCUUCUCAGACCGAAGAUCUCAAGGGAUUGAGAAGUUGGAGUUGGUGUUGAGUAGCUUUUUGCGUGACGACGAAAAGUUACGAUUCGUGUUGGCGUUGUAUUUGGACGAGUCUGGUGAGCCUGAAAGGGCGCAUGAGCAUUUCGCAAUGCUUGUGCUACCUGGUCUUAGGGGUAAAACUGACCUUGAUCAGGACCUAACCGGCGAGCUGAAGCUGAGAAAACUGCUCCAGUGUAAAGACUUCAUGUCCCACGAGAAGUCGGAACUGGGCGGGAUAAUACAUUAUUUGAACUUUAUUCGGAGGGAGAAGCACGUCAGUGAGUGGCGGGAGGAGGUGCAGCUGAUACUCUCAAAGUCCGACCUGAGCUCGUGGGACCUCUACUGGUACGCAGCAAGCACCGAGAUGAGGUGCUUCAAAGACUACGACAGAGCCAUUCAAAUACUCAAACAAGCACAAACCAAAAUCUCAUUCAACUUCAACUACACACUACUCUUCCUCAAUACCAUGCUCAACAUCGGAAAACACAAUGAUGUGAGGGUGUUAUUGUCGGAGUUGAUAGUUGGGUCGUUGGACAAGAGUAGUAAGAUAACGGAGACGGACCGGGGUCAUUUAUGGAAUUUCUGGCUCAAUAUGGAGUAUUUAUACGGCACCGCAGAGCAGUUUAACAAGGUUAAGAGUUUAUACGUUUCCUCGAUGAUUUCAGCCAAGUUGUCCCUGGACACUUUCACGGAGAAGUUUACGCAAGGCUCCAGGCCAACUGUGUUUGCACUUUACUCUGACAUCACAGAAGCCUUUGAAAAAGCCUCAAAUUCUAAGCGUAAAAUGGCUCAAGACCUGGGCGCAAUCGUUGAAAGUAGGAGGAAACUCUUUUGCUCCGGAAUUGAUUUCGAACACCUUGAUAAUAUUUUCAAGUUCAACAUCACAUUUGGUACUUCAUAUUCCGUUGAUCACAAUCCUACGAAUAUUCAUACUAAUCAUGUGUCCAACACUGUGUCCAACACUGUGUCAGAAACUUCUAAUGUUAAUGUGGAACAAGACCAACAGGACAGUGUUGACUUGGACAAUGUUGAUUUGGUGGAUAAUGCUGAUUUGUCCGAUGUUGACGAGGCUAGUAAACUACCCAAAAGGAUAAAUCCAAACUUACAGGAUAACCCUAAACUAAAAGAAUUUACACAUGAACCGCGGGAAUAUAUGACGGUGAUAAAGUAUGGAACAAAGAUUUGCAGGCCGAAUGUGUCAAGGCUUUCGGAGAUUGAGCCUAAGAUGACGACGUCUCUGGAGUCUUUGGUUCAGCUGCACGGUUCUAAGCGACCAAUUCUGCCCCCAAAGUUCAGACCACUGGACUCUACGGGGACGCCUUGCAAAGCGCUGUUUGACUUCAUAAGACUACUCCCGUCCUCAAAGGAUAAUAAGUUCUCUAACCUUUACGUUAACACUGAGUCAAUUGACUACCUAAUACGCACAGUGGAGAAUAUGGACCUAGGAAAUAUCGAAAUCGACCAGUACCAACCACUCCCAACAAACCUCUCAAACCAACUCAAACAAACCGAUGAGACGUUGAAUGAGAAGUCGUUUGAGUUUAACCAAGGACUUGAAAAUAUUCUAAGAUUUCUACAGGACAAUGCGUUAUUUGAUGAGAGGCCCGUAAAGAAGCCGAAAAUCGCAAUUUAACCUGCAAUAUUUAAUUUUUUACCUUCUAAA